AUGGUGGACCCCGAUUUGGUUGCAUUCCUCCAGGUGGCCUCAAGAAGGAAGAACCUGCAUGGGAAAUGGGUUCCAGCACUGUACUGGGCUUUCCUCAUUGCCAAGGAACAAAAGAAAACAGAGCCAAUGGCACCAUCAGACUUCAAGACAAUGAUAAACAAGAGCAGUCUGCUAGAGAGAAAACUUACCCCCAAUGACGGUGCCACCGCCGACAUAUUUCAGAUCCACACCAACGGCACAAGGACAAAGUCACGGCGGGUAUCUCUUGGUGACACACUCAAUGGAACCAAAUCCAGGUUCUUCGUUGCAGUGGAGACCAAAGAGAAAGUACCCAUGAACAUAGAUGAAUUAAAAAAAGCCCAGAAGAAGAAGAACUUCCAGGAAUGGUACGAGCAUUACUCGAACUAUGUACCUGUCAAGUGCCAACAAGAAGAGGAGAGUGAGGAGGUGCAACAACAGGCACAACAACAGCCCAAUGCACUCACCGUAACAACCACAACUGUUGCAGAGACAGCAGCUCAACAACAACAACAGCCUCCGACUGUGACUCCAACCAACUCUGAUACGGAUGGAGACGAGCAACCGAGAACAGCACCGAGCGUGGAGACGGAAGAACCGGAACCGGAAUCCAUCUUGAGAGAUCCAUUAAACAGCGACCUCCUUGCCAUCUUUGACGGCCUUGUCAACCCAGAGUUCCUCAAUAGCCCUGACUUCUUUGUUGAGAAGGAAGAUGACGAUGAUACAUGUAGUAUCCCCGACACACUGAGAGACCGGAUCCGGCGGCUGGGUAUCGAACUGCAGAAAGAAAAGCAUCGCAAGCAGUAUGAGAUGUUAGAAAAAGAAAACCCGCUAGCAGAAGUGGACUGCAGCAAGCACAAACCUGCUCUUGAUAAGUUCUGUCUCCCACCAAACAAGAGAGCUAUCCAGAGCGUUGUCCAGAUAGCAUUGAGGAUCGAAAACGACACAGAUGGGAAGGCUGGCCUGUUUCAGCUUCCGAAGUAUGGUGGGGGAGAAGGCAAAGGAUAUGGCCGUCAACUUGUUGCAAUCAUUCCUUCCAACAACCUCAAGACAUUCUUGCACAAUGGAAAGCAGUGGUACCCUCGACUCCUUGAAGCGUCCAGAGGAGAAGAAAUGACUGAUGAUGAUGCCGGCUUUGCCAUGACCAAGCUUGCUCGAUACCAUCACGAGCAAUCAUUCCACGACGUCUGCCGAACUAUGGUGGAAUUCAAGCAGAAGAAAAUGUGCCCAUGGCGUCAGAUAUUAAUGAUGCACAAGGCCAACCUCACAUAUGAAACAUUCAGAACACUGAGGCCAUACCUCAAUGCGGACAACUGUAAUCCAUUUCACUCAGAGAGAGCCAUUCGCAAGAUUGAAGUAACACCGGACAUCUCCCCAAUCUUUGCGGAAUUCGAUGAGGGCGGGGUAAAGAAACAUGCUUGGUGCCUUCCUUGCACUGAAUUGGUCGCUCAAGAGAUAGAGAAGAGAGAGUCGCUCAAAGAAGAAGCGAUCCAUGCCAUUGUAUCAGCAGACCACGGGCAAGGCGCCAUGAGAGUGAACCUUGGUCUCCGGUUCAUCAAAGAUAACAAGGUUGUCGACGAAGUUGAUCACUUGGUAGCCAACGUUGACUGCAAAAAGGACAACCGUGAAGUCAUGCUGGCCAGCCAAGUCAUCUCCAUUAUCAAUGAUUCAGUCAAGACAAUGGUUGCAGCACUUGGCAUCAUGCACGUGAUGAUAUGCGCACAAGGCGAUCUGAAGUGGUGCUCGGACGCUCUUGGCAAAACCAACAUGUCAAUCCACCACUGCCAUCGGUGCCGACAAAGGCAUACUGACUUUCAAAAGGGAGGUAAGAGCCAUCCACUGGAAAUCAUUAACCCGUGGACUCUUGACAAGCUGAAGGAACACCGAGAGAAACUGGAGAGACGAGAGUUGGAGCGAACCGCAGAUGAAGCCAGAGGCGUGGUCGAUGCCCCGCUGCUGGAGAUAGAGCCAGGGAACUUCAUUUAUCCCCCACUCCAUGGCUGUGUCUUGUUUGCGAACACUGUCUUCAGCCACUUCCAACUCUAUCUCAACCACCGAAUCCAAUCAAUCCCUCUUGAGCUGCUGCUGGCUCGAGCCAAGAAGACAGCAAUAGAGCGACUGGUCGAAGAAAAGAAGCAGACGGCAUUUGAUCUGGAGGAGCAACUCAAUGGAAUGGAAGCAGACCUUGUGUACCUUCGUAGUGGUGGAGCCUUUGAAGACGACGAUGAUGACCACAGGCAGCAAUUCCUUCUUCUGGAAGGAGCUGCGCCAGAGACCAGGAAGAAUCUGGAGGCAGCACAGAAGCAACAUGAAGACGCCAAAUCAAAAUUGAGAGUCAAAGAUAUGACGCCAGAGGAAGCUAGAAGGUUGCAAGCCGCGGUUGAAGAGGACAUGAAAAGAGAGCAACAUGAGGCUGAGGAAGCGGCAAUGCGGCAACUGGAAGCAGCACAGAAAGCAGUCGGCAAGGCAACCGGCAACAAGGCAACCGGCAACAAGGCAACCAAACCAAAGAAGAAGACAACAGCCAAGCGCAAGGCACCAAAACCCAAGGACCCAACCAAAACAAAGACCAAGCCCAAACAGAGCGCAGCAAACAGCGAGUAG